AUGCUCUGGUAUGUCGUCGUCGCCGUCGUCGUCGCACUCUCGGCGACGCCGGCGCGCUCGGCGCCGCUUCCUCGCGAAGGCGGCGGCUCGAAUCCCAAGAACCCCGACGACACUCGAUCGACGGCGCCGUCAGCUACGGGUCUCUUCGACCCUAUCGCGGCGGCGCUGUCGAGCAGGCUCGCCCAGAUCAGCCUCGAGGUCGGCAGGCUCCCCGUCCUCUCGCUUCCGAGCGUACUCGUACAGCUCAAGACGCCCAGGGUCAAGGUCGUCGUCCCCUUCCGAGUCUUCACGAACGCCAAAGCGGCAAAGCCUCCUCAAUCUCGGCGAGCCGUCGAGGAACGAGCCGUGAACCCGAAAUGGCCGAAGCCGACGUCGACGACGAGGACCACCCGCGUGUUCGGCUCGUCGAGCGUUCCCGUCAAGGUUCCCGUCGCCUCGUCGCCGCCGCCCGACAAUCCCAAGCACGUGUUCGCGCCGACGCCGGUUGUCAAGGUCGUCAGCUACACGUUCGCGAUGCCGGGAGGAGGCGCGACGACGGUCAUCGAGGCGCAGGGCUCGUGGUCGCAUCCGGGGAGGCCUGAGCAGACGAGGACGAGAACCUGACUGUUAGUGCAUGAGGACGUGCGGGACCGCAGUUCUGAGCGAGCCGGCGCGCUCGUUUCUCUUCCCGUGGCUGCUGGGUCGGGCCGUUUCUCCUGUGCGCGAGCUCGAAGCUGCAGUGCCAUACUUUGUCCUCCCUCUC